ACGAGCCCCGUGGCGGUCACGGGAUUUCAGCUGGGGGAGAGGACUGGGCCAGGGUGCCUCCUCCUAAGGAGGCUCCAAACCGAAACCUCUCCCCGGGGACCCAGUCUCAUACCUUGAACCCCACCGUGGCUGGGAGCACUUUGGAAAGGGGCAUUUAUUUUGGGGGUGAUCACACGCCUCUCUUUAAACCUUUCCCCCAUUCUUCUGCUUUUAGGAAGAAUGAUGCCGUUGCCCCCAAUUCACUCUAUUGCCAGCUGCUAAGGCCUUUUUGUAUUUGUCUUGCUGAAGUACAGGAGGACCGUGUUGAUCACACGCCUCUCUUUAAACCUUUUCCCCCAUUCUUCUGUUUUUAGGAAGAAUGAUGCCAUUGCCCCCAAAUCACUCUAUUGCCAGCUGCUAAGGCUUUUUUGUAUUUGUCUUGCUGAAGUACAGGAGGACCGUGUUGGGUUUUUGUACUAUUGCAAGGAGCUACAAAAUACACCGAUAAAGACAAUGGGGGGAUGCUUGUCUGGUCACCAUAUCACAGUAUUCCGGAUGCCAAGUUGGAUGAAUACAUUGCAAUUGCGAAGGAAAAGCAUGGCUACAAUGUGGAACAGGCACUUGGCAUGUUGUUCUGGCAUAAGCAUAACAUUGAGAAGUCCCUUGCUGAUCUCCCUAAUUUCACUCCUUUCCCUGAUGAGUGGACAGUGGAAGAUAAAGUCCUGUUUGAGCAAGCUUUUAGUUUCCAUGGGAAGAGCUUCCACAGGAUCCAGCAAAUGCUUCCAGAUAAGACUAUUGCAAGCCUUGUAAAGUAUUACUACUCCUGGAAAAAAACUCGAUCUAGGACUAGUUUGAUGGAUCGGCAGGCUCGGAAACUCGCCAGUAGACAUAAUCAAGGUGACAGUGACGAUGAUGUGGAAGAAGCACAUCCAGUGGAUGGAAAUGACAGUGAUUACGAUCCUAAAAAAGAAGCCAAAAAAGAGGGUACCACUGAACAGCCCGUUCAAACCAGCAAGAUUGGUCUUGGAAGGAGAGAGUAUCAGAGUUUGCAGCAUCGUCAUCACUCUCAGCGUUCUAAGUGCCGCCCACCCAAGGGCAUGUAUCUGACCCAAGAAGAUGUGGUGGCAGUUUCUUGUAGUCCUAAUGCAGCCAACACCAUUCUCAGACAACUGGAUAUGGAGUUAAUUUCUCUAAAAAGACAGGUUCAAAAUGCUAAACAAGUAAACAGUGCACUUAAACAGAAAAUGGAAGGUGGAAUUGAAGAAUUCAAACCUCCUGAGUCAAAUCAGAAAAUUAAUGCACGUUGGACCACAGAGGAACAGCUUCUUGCAGUACAAGGUGUCCGCAAAUAUGGUAAAGAUUUUCAAGCUAUUGCAGAUGUAAUUGGCAACAAGACUGUUGGCCAAGUGAAGAACUUCUUUGUAAACUACAGGCGUCGGUUUAACUUAGAGGAGGUAUUGCAGGAAUGGGAAGCAGAACAAGGAACCCAGGCUUCUAAUGGUGAUGCUUCUACUUUAGGGGAGGAGACAAAAAGUGCUUCUAAUGUGCCAUCAGGAAAGAGCACUGAUGAAGAAGAGGAGGCCCCGACCCCCCAGGCCGCACGGUGUCUAGGCUCGUCGCCUCCAGCCCCAGCCUCCACCCCAACGCCAGCGGCCCCCGUGGCCCCCCUGAACCAGCCUCCCCCGCUGCUCCGGCCGACGCUUCCUGCUGCCCCCGCGCUCCACCGCCAGCCCCCGCCGCUCCAGCAACAGGCUCGAUUCAUCCAGCCCCGGCCGACUUUGAAUCAGCCUCCCCCGCCUCUGAUUCGUCCUGCUAAUCCGAUGCCCCCUCGCCUAAACCCCAGACCGGUGUUGUCUACAGUUGGCAGCCAACAGCCCCCGUCGCUGAUCGGCAUUCAGACAGAAUCCCAGUCCUCUCUGCACUAAAGGAGGGGAGCGGGACAGGAUUUCACUUCUUUCCAAACACAGCAUUUUACCCCUUGGCUCGCUCGAUGCUGGCGCAAGGCGGGAGAAAAGAGCAAUCCUCCGUAGUUAUUAAAGCGGAAAUCGUUUUCUAGUGAGACCACAAGCCAGAAUCUGUUACGCUGGAACACGGGCGAACACCCAGAUGAUUUUUCUGUGCAGCAGUCUAAAAUGGUCUAUCCAACAGAAAGCCCUCAGUUAGCCCUUUUUUUUACAUAUAUGUUGAAGGAAAUGAUUUCAGAAAGGGUGGUUUAAUUGAUUUUUACUAUAUUUAUUUUACUGAAGUUCUUUGUAUUCUAACCUCCUUUAUAUUCAAGCCACUCAGUUUAGGCAUAUGUCGAUUGUUAGAGGUAACUCCUCGGUAGAUUUUUAAAUUAUAGAGGAGUUUCUGCUUUGUUUGAGCUCUUUACAUUUUUUUAAAGUGUUUUCCUAUGUUGGAAUGCAAAAAAGAAACAACCUGCAUUUCAGAUUUUGGCACAUAUUAGCCCAGCUAGUAUUACUUUUUGCACUUUUUAAAGAAUUCAGCUUUUUUUCCCCCCUUUCUUUUGUGAAAGAUAUUGCCUUUGUACAGUUUUUUUAGAUUAUAUACUCCUUCAAAACACUGUAAUUCUGGUAUUUGCAAAGCAAAUAUAUGAAAUUACGUAGAAUUUUCUAAAUUUCUUAGCCACGUAAUAUAUGGAGUUGAGUCCAGUGCAAGGUUUAAUUACCUGCAGGUGAAUGUCACUAGUUCUUCCUCUACCAUUAUGAGGGAACAAAUAGUUUAAUGUCAGGAUUGAGAUAACCAACAUUAUGUCUGAUAUAAGACUGUAAUUUGUUAAAGUUUAGUUAAUUCCCUUGAAAAUAGUUUAUAAGCUUUGGAUUUGAGUUUUUUCUCUUCAGAUUUCCAUGUCGCAUAGACUGUAGCCAGCGGCAGUUUAUAUCACUUAACCAGGAAGAGGUUUGGGGUUGUUUUUUGGUUUUUGGGUUUUUUUUAAUCUGUCAAGAGCUGGUGGUGACUAUUGUAGCCAUUGUUCAUAUUAGUUUGUCUGAGGCAAGGCCCUCUGAACUAAUUAUUCCCUUUCUAAUUUUUGUAUGGCUCUGUUCUAUUAUCAGAGAUAGUGUUUUGUAAGUCACUCUCUGCUUAUCUAGAUGCAUUUGUGUGUGUACCUUACAACUGACCCAUUACUCUUGAGCUUUGGGAGUGAAGUACAUUUAAUUAUCAAGUUCUCCAGGAGAGAGAGAGAAAUUGGGAGUUUAGCCAUGCUUUAUCAAAUACAUGGAUUUGUGCACCAGUUGUGUGGAUUUCUAAAUUAAGCUGCAAACCCAUUUUAAAGUUGCACUUUGCUGACCACAGACUUUUCAAGAAGCAGUGUUCCAAUAGCAUACCAAUCACAUUUAUGAUAUAUUAAGUCGGUAGUGAAAUUGAAACUUGGAAAAGGAGAGUGGUUUUCUGAAUUGCUAUUCUAGAAACUGAAGGUUUACUCUUCCAAUAUUAAGUCUUAAUAAAGUGUGUUCCCGAAUCAUUUUACUUUCAAAACUAUUUAUUUUUUUAAAAGGCAAUAGUCUACAUCUCCCACUUCAUUUCAUAUUUUUGUUAAUGAACUGAAAGAUGAGCCAUUUUGGUCCAAGACAUUGAAGAACCUAAGAAUAAAUGAUCUUGAUCAGAGUUCUAAUUCCAGAAGUGGGCUGCCGCCCUCUCUGUGGACCUGAAGAAUAUUCUGAUAAGCCGUAUUUCCCUAACCGUAAAUGUUUUCUAAGGAGAACCUCUUUUUCAUUAGUGGAACUUGGCACAAUGGUUCCCUAACCCUGGAAUGUAGUAAUUAAUCAGUCAAUGGUAUUUGUUGAGCACUUACCGCAUCUAACUGCCCUCCAAAGUCUUAUCGUCAACAAGAAUUCUGUUUUGUGCAAUUUUGACUUCAGAAUAGCUACUCCAGCCAGUUGGUUGUGGACAAGAGAAUCCGUCUUCUGCAUUGUAAAGAAGUAUUUUGAGAUCAAGUCUCACAAAUGUGCUUUCUGUACCUUCGCAAACUUUUUGUCUCGUCUAGCGUCAGUAGAACUUCAGUAUACGGUAUGUGGCGUGUAUAAGUUGGUCAACUGCAGCUUCUAUCAAGCUGUUCCGUACAUUGUCUCAUUCAGUUAAAAUGCUGUUGUGUCCCAAACUUGGGCCAAGGUGCUGUACUUGAGGAUGUUAGCGCACAGUGGGGAAAUCUUAAAUUUGGUAGUUCUAUAACAUAUGUAUAUAGUGAAAUGUCUUUUUAUUGUGUGCUUUACAUAUUAAGUAAAUAGAUGGCACCUCUUUGUUUUUUUUGUUUUUUGGGUUUUUGUUUUUUUUUUUUAAUUUUUGUUUAAGCAGUGUUUGGCCUGGAAGAGUGAUAUGCUUGCUGCUUAAUCAAAAGAUUAAAGUUUUAAAGAAG